AUGGUGGAGAGGCAUGAGCAGUGGAUGGUGAAGUUCAACCGUGUUUACAAGGACAACGCCGAGAAGGUGCGGUGGUUCGAGGUGUUCAAGGCCAACGUUGCCUUCAUCGAGUCGUUCAACGCCAGAAACCACAAGUUCUGGCUCGGUGUCAACCAGUUUACCGACCUCACCAAUGAUGAGUUCAAGGCAACCAAGACCAACAAGGGCCUCAAGAGGACCAGUAGCCGGGCUCCAACUAGGUUCAAGUACAACAAUGUCAGCACCGAUGCACUUCCAACCGCCGUUGAUUGGAGAACCAAGGGUGCCAUCACACCUAUCAAAGACCAGGGCCAAUGUGAUGGACAAGCCUUCAAGUUCAUCAUCAAGAUUGGCAGCCUCACCAGUGAGGCCAACUACCCCUACACGGCACAAGAUGGACAAUGCAAGACCAGCAUUGCAAGCAACAAUGUUGCAACAAUCAAGGGCUACGAGGAUGUGCCCGCCAACGAUGAAUCUUCUCUUAUGAAAGCCGUGGCUAACCAGCCUGUGUCAGUAGCUGUGGACGGAGGGGAUGCCAUAUUUCAACAUUACUCCGGCGGGGCAAUGACUGGCUCCUGCGGCACUGAUUUGGACCAUGGGAUAGCAGCGAUUGGAUAUGGGAUGACGAGUGACGGAACUAAGUAUUGGCUGCUGAAGAACUCAUGGGGCACGACAUGGGGCGAGAGUGGGUACCUCAGAAUGGAGAAGGAUAUUUCUGACAAGAGUGGUAUGUGUGGCUUGGCCAUGCAACCUUCCUACCCCACUGAGUAG